AUUGAAUUAAACAAUAAUAGGGCUGCCUGCACAGUGCCACAUUGCACUCUACACCACAUUCGCUGAAAUUGAACCACUUGAUUGGCCACCCCCAUUAGCGCCUUCUCGCCCUCCCACUCCCACCACGGUCACGACGCCGACGCCGGCACCUCUGCUGGGGUUUCAUAGAUGUUCACAAUUUGGGGAAUUUCUGGGUUCUGCAGGGGUCUUAUAGAUUUUCUUAAUUUGUGGAAUUUCUGGGCUCUGAGGAAUCGAAGGAGAGGGAGAGAUUUUCAUAGAUUUUGCACAGACGACAGCGGCUUGAACAUGUGAAACGUGCAUCGCGGUGAGGAUGAAUCAUGAUUUCGGAGUUGAUGAUGAAUUGAAGCGGAGGUUGCUGAGACGUUGUUUGGAGCGUAUGGGACUGGAGGGGUCGGAGAGGUUGUUCAGACACCGGAGCGAAGACCGGUCUGAAGAGGCGGAUGAGAGAGAAAGUAGGAGAGCGACGAUGAGAGAUAAAAUCAAAUUUGUGUUUCUCCAAGUUUCUAUUUUUUCUUUCUGAAAUUGGUAUGAUCAUGAGUUGGAUAUGAAUAUGAUGAGUUAGAUCCAUAGAUGGUGGUAGCCAAUGAGGUGGCCGGCGUUACCGUGGAUGGCGGAUCUCGCCGGAGUCUAGAGGAUCUGCGGCGGCAGCAGUGCCGGUUGGAGGCGACUGGAUUUGACCUGGGCAACGGGUUACAGAAAUGCCUAGAAAGGGUGAGAUUGAUUUAUGAGAGGUAAAUCGGUUAAUUCGGUUAACCGGUUAACCGGUCCGGUUAAUCGAUUAACCGAAUUGAAAACCGAUUCGAUUACCGGUUAAUGAUUUCGGGGUAAUUCGAUUUUGGUUAACCGAAAAAUCGGUUCGGUUAUAACCGAACCGGACCGAAUACCACCCCUAGUAUGUAUGCAAAAUUUUACUUAAAAUACUUAAGAGUGCAUCUAGAGGGUUGGGGAGAAAUUUAUCCUUGCAACUUUUAUAGCGGCAAGGUGAACGAUAAGCAGUAAUCACAUACAAACGCGCAGAACUACGGCCACGUGAGCUCGGCAAGAACCGGAUUCCAAUCAUGGAGGAGGGCGCCGGAGGGUUCCGAGCCGGCAACAAGGACAAAGGCGGCGAAGUCGACUACAAGACGAAGGCCGGGACGGCGUGGUCGCACUCGUUCCUCAACCAGAAGCCCUGGCACCCGCUCUCCUACCCAAACCAGCGCCGCAAAUGGAUCGCCGAGCAAACCCACUCGCAAAAUCAGCGCCGCGCCGAGGAGGUCGCGCGCGAGUAUGCUCAACAACAGGAUUUUCUUCGGCAGACUGCACUUCUUUCAAAUAAAGAAAAAGAAAAGUUGGAAAUGAUGCAAGCUGUAAGCUUUUUAUAUGUAAAGCCUCCUGGUUACAAUGCGGAAAGUGCUAAAGCUGCUGAGAUUGCUGAUGAGAAAAGAAAGCUGGAGCAAUCUCUCGAAGAGAGCUCAUCUUCGAUGAAGACGGAAAAUGGACCUUCUGCAGGGGAGAAAAAGAAACAAGCGCCGAAAGAUGUUUUUGGUCGUGCUUUACCUACUGAAGAACAAUUUGAGGUCCUCAAAAAUGCUCCAAAGUUAGAUACUGGUGUUGCUGGCCGGGCAAAACCAUUUGGAGUUGAGAUUCGCAAUGUGAAAUGUCUUAGAUGUGGGAACUACGGCCAUCAAAGUGGUGAUCGUGAAUGUCCAUUAAAGGAUGCAAUAAUGCCUAAUGAGGAAAGUCGAUUAAAACGGGAUGACCCUUUAACAGCCAUUCUGGCUCAGACUGAUGCUAGUGAGCCUUUAAAGUGGGAGCUGAAACAGCAGCCGGGAAUGAGCCCUCCUCGUGGAGGUUUCAAUCCCGACGACCCCAAUCAGCAGAUAGUUGCUGAUGACAUAUUUGAUGAGUAUGGAGGAUUCCUAAGUGAAGCUAACAUACCAGAGUUGCUAACAAACUUUUCUUCAAGCAAGAAGAAGAAGAAGAAGAAGAAGAAGAAAAAGAAGUCGAACAAGAGACGUUCUCCUUCACCCGAUGAAGAAAUAAGAGACGAUGAAGGGAGCGAAUCGUCAUCUGGUGACGAGAGGAGGGGAAGAGUAAAGAAAAGACAUAAGAGGAAGAAGCGAGAGCAGUCUGGGUCGAGUCCAUCCGAAAGCUCAGAUAGCAACAGGCAUUCGAGAAGGAGAAACAGACGCAAGCAUCGACAUUCGAGCUCCUCUGAGGCGUCUGAUUCUGAUCGAGGACGUAGACGCCAUCGGCACAGUCAUAAUCCUCAUCAGCACAGUCAUCAACAUCAACGUCGACGACAUCAUUCCGUUUCUUCAUCAGAUUAAUGGAACCUCAUCAAAACAAAUAGAUUAUAUACAAGCGUCUCGCUACUAUUGCUGUAUUUUAGAGGAGAGAGAGAGAGACCAAUGGUGAUUUUGAGCUUGUCGAACGCCUCUUAAUCCAACCACUUGAUUUUUUUUUUCAA